UCUCAUUAUUUCUCGGUGUUGAAUUCGACAUUUAUUUCAAUGUUGUCAGCCGCUUAGGUAGCUUCAUUGGUAUCAUAAUUGCAUUAACCGGAGAAGCACCGGAGGAUGUUACAGUUACUGGACAAGUUUGCAGAACGGUUAAUCAACAGGAAAAGAAAGAUUCUUUGUGGUAA